AUGUCCUCAAGUACGCAUCCGAACUGCCAAAAACUCAUCCAGCGCGUAGCAGAUUUCCUGUCCGAAAUCGAGAAUCUGACUCCAGGCCGCGAUCUCGAGGAGCGCCUUAAUCACGAAUACGGCCCCGGCAACGAGUUUUAUGACGACUUUGCCCGCAUAAUACGUGCAGGCCUCGAAGAUGACGAAGGUUGGGUUGCCACCGAUGAGGUGCAGGGCGCAAACUACCGCCGCACGCGUAUCAGCUCGCCUACCGAGGCCACGCGCUUCUGCAGCAUUACUACCGUCUACAUGAACCCAAGCACGCGCAACGAGGAGGUUCUGCGUGGCCAGUACCAUCUGCACCCGUACGGCGAGAUUAACUGCGUUAUACCAAUGGCCGAAGAUGCGCAGCUCAAGGGUAUGAACGGGUGGCAGGGCGCUGGCUGGACGUCCCCCGGUCCAGGCACGCAUCACUACCCCGAGGCGCGGGGCGGACCGGUUGUGGCGCUCUUCUUCUUGCCCGCGGGGCGUAUUUCGUACAGUGUGACUCCUGAUGUGCCACAGCCAAGUUCUGUAUAA